AUGGCGGCCUCCGCCAUGAAAGUCCAGAAGAGCCGCCAAUCCGUCAGCGACGACCCGCUCUCCCAGUCCCAAGUCCGCCUCCCAUUCAGGCGGUCACACCCCUCUGCUGCCUCCCUCUAUGCCUCGACACUAUCCCCUCCGGGCUCCCGCUCCCAGUCGCCCGCCGGCCGCCCGCUGUCGUCGCGAAUGACGAGCGGUUCCGUCUUUGGCGCAAACUCGAACAACGCAUUGGCACUGGCCUCUGGGGCUGGUGAAAGUCCUGGCGAUCCGCUCAACCUGAUCCUCAAAGCUUUUGUGCCACAUGUGGCCAUCUACAACUCGGAGGAUACAGACACACUAUUGAAGGAGAAAGGUUUCAAUCGUGGACUAUGGGAGCUACUGCGGCCCUUUGGCGAGAGGAUACAGGGCAAGGUCAUGAUACGGGAUAGCAAUGGCUCGAGCCGCAGCUACGAGGACUACUCUGUACAUUUCGUACGUUUUGGGGAGGGCAUUGUACAUCCUGAACCCGUUACUUCUGGUCUCAAGAACCCGCAAGCAGCCAGAGCGAAUGGCGUUUCCGAGAAAUCGGAUGAUGCUGGAAGAGGACGUCCGAAGAGUGGGAAUACCAUUGCAGACGCGGAGGCUGUAGUCGACCGCCACUUGACCUAUGCCGAGGAGUCUUUUUUUGGGUCCCCACACAGCCCUACAUACCAUGGCCUCGAUAUCGAUGUCCCUUCACCAUAUUACGCCUUAUACUUGCGCAGGCUCCUCUCGGGCCUGCCGAUAACGCCACACGAGACCUUUGCCCACCCGGUCGCUUGUGUCAUCGCGAUAAGUUCCCGGAAUCAGACACCAAUCGAGACUUUAAGGCGACUAUAUACCGAGUCAAGCACGGGGGACAAGCAACUACCAAACUGGGUGGAUGCUGAGUUUCUGCGGUACUAUGUCCUCGUUCACGACGAGGAAAAGGACGACAUAACGAGAUCCAUGUCGCUAUAUGAGCAGAUGAAGCGGAAUCUCGGUCUACAUUGCCAUCUACUUCGUAUCAGGGGUACACAGAGCGCGGCCACGGAUGAUGACAGUAUACCACUGCCGCGGAGCGAAUGGAUGUCGGCCUCGGAAGAGCUUGCCGAUCUUCGCGAGGGUGAAGAUCAGGAGUUUGGGGAUACAACGAGAUACAUCUUUGAAUCCGAUGCAACUGCGAUACGAACUUUCAUUCGCGAGAUGGUGACUCAGUCCAUAAUACCCACGAUGGAGCGGCACGUGUCGGUGUGGAAUGACCAGGUGGCUUCGAGGCGUAGGGGACUGGUUGGUCGAUUCGCGGGAUUGACCAAACGAUGGGGAUUUGGCACCAGUUCCCGAUCAUCGGGAUCCGGCCCGAGUUCAGGGAGCAAUUAUGAACCGCUUGGGUUCUAUCGGGCGGACACUCCCGAGGCUAUCAUGCGGAAGCUGGCAGAUUAUGCUUUCAUGCUGAGGGAUUGGAAGUUGGCGCAUUCAACCUACGAUCUUCUGCGAAGCGACUUCAACAAUGACAAGGCAUGGAAAUACUACGCGGCUACGAACGAGAUGGCCGCACUCAGUCUGCUCAUUACUCCCCAGAACAUAUCCGCCAAGACACGGGCCGAGUCAAUCGAUUCAAUGUUCGAGGCAGCUUACUAUUCGUAUUUGACACGUUGCAGUGCCCCCUACGGAGCAAUAAGGUGCCUCGCUCUCGGGAUGGAGCUCCUACGAUUGCGCGGAGGGUCGAGCAUCGAUGACGCGGCGAGGUGGGGCCUUCGACUGCUCGAAAGCAGGGUUCUGGGCCCGGUGGGCGACGCUCUGAUCAAGGAACGUCUGGCCGUCUGCUAUGCAUCUAAGGAAGGCUUGGGCACACAGUCCUGGGGAAGCAGACGGCGGAAAUCAGCACUUUGGAGCGUAUUGGGUGCAGAGACCUGGCUCGCCCAGUCAAAGUUCAUCCAAGCCCAGCAAUGCUUGAACGAAGCACGGAAGACAUACUCAGAGCUGCCCAGCGAACAUGGCAUUGACAAGUUUAGCAUGGCCAGCGCCUUCAUGUUGAGUCUUGGGCAACAACUCAACCAGAGAUUGGAAGCGGCCGACCAGGAUGACGACCCGACUUCUGGAGACCAGAGCGAGGUGGUUGACGAGGAGAGUGAGGCUCUGGGCACCACAAGAGGGAGGCGUAUGAGUACGCAUGGGUUCUCCGGCGCCACUGCCACGAGCUUGGAGAGCGCGCCGCUGAGAUCACAACUUGGUCCCUCUGGGGAAGAGAAGCAAGAUCCGGGCGAGGGCAAGGACGACUUUGGGUAG